AUGGAGAAGCCACUGUCCCCGACUCUGAUGGAGAAUGCCUCAAUUCGCGCCAACCUUGAGGAACUUCCCAUCGCCGAGAUCUUGUGGCUUGAGUCCAAGCUGAAGCCAAAGAGCGCUCAUGCUCCCUAUCCUUUCAAAGGAAAGCCUCUUCUCUGGAUUGCGCAUUUUGAAGUCUUGGAGAUGCCUUGUAUCGUGGCCGGUCUUCUGGUCAACCCAGUGUUCCUCUCGAGAUUCUUCUCCGAAUACGGCGGCGCGGACGGAACGAGCGAGAAUAUCGACGAUCCUUCAAUCACAGGCAUCCUCGUUGCAUGUCUUCAAGUCUCGGCGGUUCUCGGCUCCCUAAUUGCUGGCAGCCUCGGCGACAUGAUAGGAAGAAAGAGAUGUGUGAGAUUGGGCGGUUUCAUCUACUUUGCUGCCGCCUUCAUUCAAGCUUUUGCCCCUGGUUUCAACACAUUUGUUGCCGGUCGGACUCUGCAGGGCUUGGGCGUUGGCUUCCUUUCCAUGGCUGUUCCUGUCAUCCAGACUGAGAUCGCCGCGCCGCAUCGUCGUGGUCUCAUGGUUGGUGUUGAAUACACAUUCCUUAUUGGUGGCUACGCACUUUCGACCUGGAUGGGUCUUGCAUUCAUUCUCUUCUCCAUAUCCUUUAUUCUUCCCGAAACUCCCCGCUGGCUGGCACGCAAUGGUUUUGCGAAAGAGUGUCUUCAAACCGUCGCGGAUCUGCAUACUCCAGAUGGGAAUACGCAGGCCGAGCAUGUUCAACAGGUUAUGUUGGAGAUCAGAGAUGCUGUGUGCUACGAAGCGAGCUUGAAGCAGUCAACUUGGCGGGAGAUGUUUACUCGUUACCGGAAACGUACUAUUGUUGGCAUCACGGCACAGAUGUUUGCUCAGCUCAACGGCAUCAACGUCAUCUCGUUCUAUCUACCGACAACCCUUGCUAAGGCUGGUAUUCUUAUGGCGAUAGCCCUCUGCAUCGUUUGUGCCUUUACCGAAGCCCAUAUCCAUAACGCCAGUACACGAGCGCACGGCAUCUACGCUUUCGUCGUCAUUUACAACGCUAUCUACGGCUUCACCUGGGGCCCAAUUCCUUGGUUGCUACCUGCCGAGGUAUUCCCCCUGCGUGCUCGAAGCAAAGGCAUGGCCCUUGCUACAUGCUCCAACUGGCUCUUCAACUUUGCCAUUGGUAUGUCGGCCCCGGACGCAUUCGACGGCAUUGGAGGAUACUACUAUGUGAUCAUUGCGGGAUUCUGUCUGAUCUCUGUUGGAAUUGCAUACUUUUAUUAUGUUGAGACAGCUGGCCAUACGCUUGAAGAGAUUGCAUUGGCAUUUGGUGAUAAAGCGUUUGUAGAUGAUGAUGGGGCGGUUGUUGGAGCAGCACAUCUGAGAAGAGAUGAUGCCAUCAAGUCCGUGAUGGCUUGA